AGUUCAGCUACAGUCAGGGCGCGGUGCUCCUACAGACCAAUUGACCGUUCACUCGACUACACGGACUUUCUCAGUCACUUCAAAGAGAUGAAUCACUUUAUAUUGAUUCUGCAAUGUCUGCCUUUUCUAUUUGGACCAGCACUGUGCUCAGAAGAUGAGACAAGAUUAGUAAAGACUCUGUUUACCGGAUAUAACAAGGUUGUUCGUCCUGUUAGCCAUUUUAAGGAUCCAGUAGUGGUUACUGUGGGACUACAACUCAUUCAGCUUAUUAGCGUGGAUGAAGUUAAUCAGAUUGUCACCAGUAAUGUACGGCUAAAGCAGCAAUGGAAGGAUGUGAAUCUGCAGUGGAAUCCUGAUGACUACGGUGGCAUCAGGAAGAUCAGAAUUCCCUCCACUGACAUCUGGAAACCAGAUUUAGUCCUUUAUAACAAUGCUGAUGGAGACUUUGCCAUCGUCCAUGAAACAAAAGUCUUGUUGGAGCACACGGGUAUGAUAACAUGGACUCCCCCAGCAAUCUUUAAGAGCUACUGUGAGAUUGUGGUCCUUCACUUUCCCUUCGACCUGCAAAACUGCAGUAUGAAACUUGGAACGUGGACUUAUGAUGGCAACCUUGUCAUUAUCAACCCAGACAAUGACAGACCGGACCUAAGUAAUUUCAUGGAGAGCGGAGAGUGGGUGAUGAAGGAUUACAGGAACUGGAAACACUGGGUGUAUUACGCUUGCUGUCCAGAUACACCUUACCUUGAUAUAACUUAUCACUUCCUCUUGCUCCGCCUCCCGCUUUAUUUCAUCGUGAACGUCAUCAUCCCCUGCAUGCUGUUCUCCUUCCUCACUGGGCUUGUGUUCUACCUGCCCACAGACUCUGGUGAGAAGAUGACACUCAGCAUCUCUGUCCUGCUCUCUCUGACUGUGUUCUUGCUGGUGAUUGUUGAGUUGAUCCCCUCCACCUCCAGUGCUGUUCCACUCAUUGGCAAAUACAUGCUCUUCACCAUGAUCUUUGUCAUUGCCUCCAUCAUCAUCACUGUGAUUGUCAUCAACACACACCACCGCUCCCCCAGCACACACACUAUGCCUGCUUGGGUCCGCAAGAUCUUCAUAGACACCAUUCCAAACCUGAUGUUUUUCUCCACUAUGAAACGACCAUCCCAGGAACGACAGGAAAAGCGUCUCUUUCCUGCAGAUUUUGACAUCUCUGACAUUUCAGGGAAACCCAUGCCUGCCUCUGUCACUUACCACUCUCCCAUAACCAAAAAUCCUGAUGUACGUAGUGCCAUCGAGGGUGUUAAAUACAUUGCAGACACCAUGAAAAGCGACGAGGAGUCCAACAAUGCUGCAGAGGAAUGGAAAUUUGUCGCUAUGGUCCUGGAUCACAUUCUUCUAUGUGUGUUUAUGGCGGUGUGCAUUAUUGGCACACUAGGAGUGUUUGCCGGACGCCUGAUCGAGCUCAGCAUGCUGUGAGAGCCCGAAGGCCCAAAUGAAGCCAGGGACUGGAGUGCAUUUACUCUCUGCUGAGAUGUAGCAUAGGGGAUGCCUGAUCAGACCAGAUGUUAAAGGGGUCAUGUUGCUAAAAAUAACUUUAUUUUGUGUAUUUGGUGUAAUGCAAUGUGUUUAUAUGGUUUAAGGUUGGAAGAACACAUUAUUCUCCACAUAUGUACGUUAUUGUUUCUCCUCUAUGACCUGCCUUUCUGAAACACGUCGAUUUUGACAAAGCUCACCGUUCUGAAAAGUGAGGUGUGCUUUGAUUGGCCAGCUAUCCAGUGCAUUGUGAUUGGCUGAAUGCCUCAAGCGUGUGAUGGAAAUGUUACACCUCUUAACACUGUGAUGCAAGGUGCAAUGAG